CCGACACACACGAACUCACCGGUCGACGUGCCAUCGAAAAACCCGCGCCUUUUCGAACUGGAGAGAACGAUUUCCUCGCGUGGCUUUUGGAAAUCCUCCGGCGUUUCGGUUCUCGGGUGGUCUUUGAUGUCUGGCACCGGACAGUGGGGCGCGCGAGGGGUGCGUUGAUGCAGGCCGGUCCACGGGGUACCUGUCGCUUGCUAUGGGCUUAGGUUGUCACAUUUCGGCUCGUCUGGCCGCGACUUUUUGGACUACUGUUUGCCUCUUGAGGAUCAUCACCGCGGAUCAGGGACUCUUCCAAGACUUGGGAUUCAACGUUCUUCCAGAUAUUUCUAAGAUUAACAUAAGCAUCGAAGAGUACACGCGCAUGAUGUCGGCCUAUCUGCAAUCGAAGGAAAAUUCGGGCGAUGAUACAACGACUGUUCCAAAACUAGUUCUAUUUAAAUUAGAUCGACAAGUAUCGUGGAAAGGCAGAGGGUCCUCGGUGCUGCUGAGGUUCCCGGUGGCCGCCGACGCCGGCGUCGAGCUGGAGAGCGCCCAGCUGCGGAUGCUGCUGCCGCCGCGCCGCGACGCCGACGGCCCGGCGACGGUGCAAGUGAACCUGGUGCUGGGCGCGCGGCGGCGGCGGCCGCUCGCCGAAAGGACCGUCUACCCGUCGCGGCGCUCGCCCAAGUGGAGCGAGAUCGACGUCGGCGACGGCGUGGCGUCGUGGCUGGGCGGCGGCGCCAACCUGGGUUUGGAGCUGGUUUGCCUGGAGCCGGGCUGCAGGCUGGAGCCGCUGGAGGCGGGCAUCACGGGGUUAGUGCGCGCGAGGCGGGCGGGGCGCGCGAAGAGGUCGCCGUACCACAACGGGCGAAGGACUGAUUGCCAGAAGGGCAAGGGGAAGAAGCGGCGCUGCUGUCGGCAGAACAUGAAAGUGACGUUCAGCAAGUUGGACUUUCCCGAGAUGAAUUUCAUCGUGGAGCCGAAGGUGUACGAGGCCGGGUACUGCCACGGGCUGUGCCCGCCCAACUACAACCACGCCACGAACCACUCGAGGAUACAGAGCCUCAUCCACCAGAUGGAGAGGAGGAACUCGUCGAGGACGAGCAAGCGGAGUAUCGUGCCGAAGGCUUGCUGCGCUCCUUCGAAGUUAGGGCCUUUGGAGAUACUCCUCGUAGAUAAAGACGACCCUAGUAAAUUAAUGUUAGAAAAAUGGGAUAACAUGAAAGUUAUCGAGUGCGCAUGUUCGUAGAUAGUAAAUUUAUUUAUAUUUUUGUACGGGUCGAG